AGUGGGCCCCACUAACGUAUAAUUUGGACAGAAAACGUUGUUGGGUAGUGUUAGACAAACGUUUGCUAACCUAUAUGUAGUUAUAAAUAAAUAAAAAAAAUGGGUAAUUGUUUACAAAACGGCCCAUCUCUAGUGUAAUUUUACACAAAAUUUCCCCUAACAAAUUUUCCCAAUAAUUUAGGAGACAAAGAUUUUAGAUAAGCUUUCCAAAUUGAAUACUCCUUCCUCAACCUCCUUACAAAACCAUGAAACCAAAUCCAUCUUCUCAAUAACAGUAGUAUAGCACCACCUUCAAUAUCUCCAUCAAUGUCAUCUUUUACUUCUCUCUCUUCACCCCAUUUCUUCUCCACUAGUUUCCUCUCUUCCAAACAAUCAAGUAUUCCCACAAACACCCAUUUCCUCCAUAGAUUCAGGCACCCAAAUCCACCCCACCAACUCACUCAAUUCCACUCUUUCAACAUAAAAUCACUCCAAAACAAUGCAGCUCAAUCGUCAGAUGCUUUCGUCCCCAAAAAUCCGACGCCUAGGACACUUUUCCCUGGUGGGUAUAAGCGGCCUGAGAUCAAAAUCCCCAACAUUGUGCUCCAAUUAAAUGCUUCUGAGGUUCUGAAUGAUGGGUCAGUUGUUGAUUUUGUGGAUAUGGCGGUUUCGAAGUGGGUUGGAAUUGUGGUUGUUAAUGGAGACGAAGGGCGUAGUGGUGGAAAGCUUUAUGAGGCUGCUUGUUUGUUGAAGUCUGUGAUUAGAGACCGAGCUUAUUUGUUGGUUGCUGAGCGUGUUGAUAUUGCUGUUGCUGUUAAUGCUAGUGGAGUUUUGUUAUCUGAUCAAGGUCUUCCUCCAAUAGUAGCAAGGAAUACAUUGAUGAGUUCAAAAUCAGACUCAGUAGUCCUUCCAGUUGUGGGAAAGAUUGUGCAAACUGUGAAAGCUGCACUCAACGCUUCUAGUGCUGAGGGUGCUGAUUUUCUUAUUUAUAGUAUUCUUGCCGAAGAACCUGCUGAAAAUUUCAUGAAUUCUAUUAAUAAUAAUGUCAAGAUUCCGGUGUUUGUUGAAGUGGAAUUGAUAACAAAUGGUGGGUCAAUUGAUGAAGUAUCAAAGGUGCUCAUGUCCAGUGCAAGUGGAGUUGUUACUUCAUUGCAGGAAUUGAAGUCUAGUGGUGAUGGUCUUAGCAGAAUUUUAUAUGACCCAUCAGCUACAAAUAGACUUGCUACAGACAUAAGACGCCAGGAUGAAGAUUUAAGUUUCAAUAAGCACAUGUUGAACACUACUAAUGGCUUUUCUGUUGAUAUGGGGAUAGCUAGCUUUGUCAAUCUAGAGGACAGAGAAAUGCAGUUCAUAAAGAAGGAGAGACGGUUAUUAAUGGAAGCAGUUGACACUAUUGAGAAGGCUGCACCACUGAUGGAGGAAAUUUCACUUCUCAAUGAUGCUAUCUCACAACUUGAUGAGCCAUUUUUGCUGGUCAUAGUGGGUGAAUUUAACUCCGGAAAAUCAUCAGUCAUCAAUGCACUCCUUGGAGGAAAAUUUGUGAUGGAGGGUGUAGUUCCCACCACCAAUGAGAUUACUUUCUUGCGCUAUGCUGAUUUGGAUGCAAAGGAGGAGCAACGUUGUGUAAGGCUUCCUGAUGGUCAAAAUAUUUGCUACCUACCUGCCAAAAUUCUAAAGAAGCAGAUGGUUAUUGUUGAUACACCUGGAACUAAUGUCAUUCUGCAAAGACAGCAGCGCCUCACUGAAGAAUUUGUGCCUAGAGCUGAUUUACUCCUUUUUGUUCUUUCUGCUGACCGUCCAUUAAGUGAGAGUGAGAUUGCAUUCCUACGCUAUACUCAGCAGUGGAAGAAAAAAGUACUAUUCUUGUUGAAUAAAGCCGAUCUGUACAGAAAUGGCAAUGAGCUUGAUGAAGCCAUUACAUUUGUAAGAGAUAAUGUGCGGAAUUUGCUGAAUGUAGAAAAUGUAACACUAUUUCCUGUAUCUGCACGCUCUGCUCUCGAAGCAAAACUUGCGAGCACUGAUGGAACAGUUCAGCAAAAUCUGUUAAUGUCUGAAUCCUACUCAAGCUCUAAGACUUUUGAUGAAUUUGAGAAAUUUCUGUAUGACUUCAUGGAUGGUUCAACAACUGCUGGUCUUGAGAGGAUGACAAUUAAGCUUCAAACACCUCUUGCAAUUGCUGAGCGACUAUUGUCUGCCUGUCAAACACUGGUGACACAAGACUGCAGAUAUGCCCAGAAGGACUUAAUAUCAGUGAAGGAGUUAGUUCGCAGUGUUGAGGAGUAUGGAAUGAAAAUGGAAAACGAGAGCAAUUCGUGGAGGCGGCAAAUUUUCUCCCUGGUUGGCAGUGCAAAAGAGCGUAUGUUAAAACUGGUGGAAUCUACCCUGCAGCUAUCCAAUUUGGAUAUUGCUUUUUCAAUGUUUUUGGGAGGAGACAAAUCUGCAUCAGCCGCCACACAGAGUAUUCAAAAUGACAUUGUCAACCCUGCACUUGCUGAUGCUCAAAGAAUUCUUAGGGAAUAUAUGUCCUGGUUAAGAGAAAACAACAUGCGUGAAGGUAUGCAGUAUAAGGAGACAUUUGAGAAAAGAUGGUCUGUACUUUUUGACAAACACCACAAAGGGGACUUUACCAGUAAUCUUCUGCUGAGAGAAGUUGAUACCCAGAGCUUAAAAUCAAUAGAAAAGUUUAGUGGUACUGCAGCUUCAAAACUGUUUGACCAAGAAGUUCGUCAAGUGUUCUUCGGAGCCUUUGGAGGUCUAGGAGCUGCUGGUUUAUCUGCUUCACUACUCACAUCAGUGUUGCCAACUACAUUAGAAGACCUUCUAGCACUUGGGCUUUGUUCUGCUGGCGGUUUGUUGGCUAUCUCAAAUUUUCCAGCUCGUAGGCAAAAGGUUCUAGAUAGCGUUAAAAAUAUAGCGGAUGUUGUAGAAAAAGAAAUUGUGGAUGCCAUGCAAAAGGAUUUGUCGACCACCGUCAAGAAUAUGGAAGACUUUGUAUCCCUAGUCGGGAAACCAUAUGAGGAAGCAGCACAACAAAGAUUACACAAGUUGUUGGAAACUCGAGAACAACUGACCGUUGUUGAGAAAAAACUACAAACAUUACAGGUUGAACUUCAGAAUUUACAUUUAUCAUGAGCUUUCUUGGCAAUCCCUUUCUACUGAUGAAAAAUCUUGCGUCAUUGGUAUAUAAUGUAUAGUAAGUGAUUCGUGAACUCUAUAUGACUAUAUUCUGUUAAAUUGUUUUGUUAUUUUAUACAAUAAUAUGGAUGGCUGUUUAAAUGAUCAAUCAGAAACGGCUGCAUUAGUUUUUUUUUUUCCCGAAACGUUCUCAGAUAAUGUGGUUGUAGGCUUGUAAGUCAACAUAUUUUGUGGUGAUUAAAUGUGUGGCUCUCGUGGCUUUGAAUCUUGGCACAAAAAUGUGUCAGUUGCUGCUGGCUUUUCGCUAAUGGAUAUGGAACGUUGCAUGCUGUAAAACGAAUACUUUGUGUCAAACUGUUUUAAAUGAAGUUUAUUCCUUUGUUCUUUUA